UCCGCGCCGGCUCUCAGCUCUCACUCGACUCGCUCCCGCCAUGGUCGACCCGCGCCAACCCCUCGUCGCCGCGCUCGCGAUGGUCCUGUUCGCCAACCUGGGGAGUGCGGUGCUCGGGACCGGAAACUCGGUGCUCGGGACCGGAAGUGCGAUGAUCGGGCCGGGGAACGUGCACGACCGGACGACGUGCCCGCGGUGCGCCCUCCACCGGCAGGCGCUCGAGGCCUCGCUCUCGGAGGCCGAGCUGGCCAGCUCCCGCGUCGAGUACAUCAAGCAGCAGAUCCUCAAGAAGCUGCGGCUCAAGGAGCCGCCGCUGGUCAAGCGCCGCGCCAGCGUCCCCGCGCACGCCUUCCAGACGCAGCCGCCGCCGGACAGACCCGAGGACGAGUUCGAGGACGACGGCGACGACUUCUACGGCAAGACCGGCAGGAUCGUUCUGUUCCCUCUUCAAGAGGAAAACGAGUGUCCAUCUUUCGGUGCGAACGGCACAUCAACAGACUGCUCGACGUACGAGCUGCCCGGCCAAGCAGUGGACGAACACGUUGUCUCGGCCGUUCUCUGGAUCCACAUCGUCUUCGAGCAGCAGACCCGCCCCAAUCUCGAAAAUGAAAUCUCAAUCGACCUCAGCUUCGACAAUCGCGGAGACCAUCAAUUCACCUACAAUUACCAAAGCUCAUCCCUUACAGAUGGUUGGAUGAAGAUUGAUCUGGUGCCGCAGGUGCGGCGAUGGCUAGAGGAAGGUGACUUGACGCACCAUAUCAAAACCACAUGCAAAAACUGUGAACCGGACGUUAGGAUUUCCAGUGAUCAUGAUUCCAGGCCGUUCCUAAUUUUGAACACAGAGCCGAUGAACAGGACGCGGAGGCUGAAACGAAACGUGAGUUGCGCUCCGGGGAUCAAGGAAUGCUGCCGGGAGGGGCUGUAUCUCUCCUUCAAGGACAUCGGCUGGAGUAAUUGGAUCAUCUACCCGAACGGGUACCAAGCCUACUUCUGCAAGGGAUCUUGCUCGGAAGCCACCUCUCUCACCGUCAGUGGUUCUCACUAUACCACCAUCGUCCAGAGAUUACUCCAUACAACGCCCCGCACGCAGAAUUUGGGACUAGUGCCUUGCUGCACCGCAACCAAACUGUCGUCAAUGACAUUGCUGUACAUGGACAAGGAUAACAGUUGGACUGAGAAGAUCAUCCCGAACAUGAUCGUUGAAUCUUGCGGCUGUAUGUGAGAUCAAGAGACUGAAAAAACUGCAACAGUAUUUUUUUCCUUUAGUUGUUAUUUUUUCCUUUGUGAUUUUCUUAUGGAUAUUGAGACUUGAUACGUACCAGACGCUGUGGAUUGAAGCUCUUGCAAGGAUUUGCUUUGAACAAUUUGAAUGUCGAUGGCCAAAGUGCGAAACUAGGCAACUCCAUUGCGGCGUUUCAAAAUGUAUGCUCCUAUUUUAUUUUUUCGAAGAGAAAUAAGUCAACUCUAACUUAAAAUUUCUACCGAAUAUUUUGCUAAUAAAGAAGACAAAUCAAGAAUGAUUUCAAUAUUUUAAGUUUACUAGUUAUCCAGAGAAAAAAAUAUAGUAGGUAUGUCAGGAAUUCCGCAACGUUGCGAGUGGAGAUAUGUGGUUUCGCACUUCAAGAACUACAUACCGAUACAUUUUUUUUUAGAUAAUACAGGUCGGUUACAUUAUGUUCGACCAAAAAUCACUCCAGGGUAUAUCAUAGCAUUCAAUGAUCACUUUCAGUGGUAAUGCUCUUCUUCAUUUAAUAUGACUAUUAUUUAAACAUUCGGUGAUUGAACAUUUUGAAAUUGUGCUUGUCGAUAGGAAGAGGAAUCAUGGUCCCUUGAGACAAAUUUUUAGGUUGUGUGAUUUUCGUCAAGAGAGUAGGGGUGUUGUUUCAGACAAAUCUUGGGGAAGAUGGCAAAAGCUGGACGAAGGAGAAAGCUUCAAAGCAUCUCAUUAAAUUGCCUUCAAUUGAUCAAAAAAGCCCCUGAGACAGUUUAACUUUAAACUUUUAAUUGAUUCCUCUGCCAUUGCCCCUGCAAUCCAAGUCGAAAAGUUGCUGUUCGAAUUUCAGACGAAAAAACCAGAAAAUAUAAGAUUUUGUUAAGCUACAAUUUUUUAAAGCACUUCUUCUCAAAACAACCGUUUUUGAAAUGGGAACUUUAAAUCGUCUCAUUUCUGACCUGCUUUGAUAUUUUAGGAUGUUCCCUAAGCUAAAAUAUUUGUAAGAAACUCAGCAAUGCAACACUGUCAUGCACAGAAAAAACUUUGGGAACAUCUAAAUGCUCAUAUUGCAUUUUUCCGCAGCAUGGCAGAACUUUGGGCACUUAUACCUAAAUUUUGAGUUUCUUAGCAUAAAAAUCACUAUUUCUGUGGAAGAUAACGAUUGAAAAAGAAGGAAGUGGAAAAUUCUAAAUAUACUGCAAAUGAUUGUAAGAUAUAAUUUUUUUUAUUUUUUAUAAAAUGAAAGAAGACUCAUUAUACUUUUUACGCACAGCAUAUAAGUCAUUUCUCUUUUAUCAUACUUUUUAUCACAAAAUGUCACUUAUUUUCUUUUUUUUUAAAAAAAAAUAAUAUUUAUGUCUUGAUCAGAAAUUACUUGUACUUGUACAUGUAAUUGUUUUUAUUUAUUUAUUUUUUGCUGUUGUUUGUUUAUGAAUUUUUGUGGAUUUUUCAUUGAUUAUUACACUUGUGACUAAUAUUGUGCGACAAUGUCAAAUGACCGAGUGCAAAUGUCAAAGGGCAUUAGUUCUAGGUUGCCUUGACCACUAUUCAUCGGUUACUAAUCAUGUUUCAGAAUUUUGAUCGAUGUGGCCAACCUCAGGGACUGCUCAAGUAUUACAUAAACCAUUUGGGCUUCAUUUUGCAAUUAGGAACUACAAUUUCUGGCUCAUCCGUAAAAACACUUACGUACAUAAGGAAGCUAAUGGUACAUACGUUAAUUCUAAACUAAGCCUGAAAUUGUAGUUUCGAACUGCAAAAUGUAGUCCAUUUGGGGAGGGGGACGGGGGCUUAGUCCAGUCUUACAGAAGCCUCUUACUCAGCUUUUCUCUGUUAUUUUCUGAAAAAUUGGUUUAAAGCCAGUCUUACGUAAUUCAAAGGAGGGAUCAAUAAGUUGACCAAAAUGCCUCACGUAAUAUUUGAACGGCCCCUCAUUAUUUCAAAUUAUGCAUUUAAAAGACUUUUCAAUGACUUUCAAAGUAUCCAUUCAAGAGCUCAAAUUCCCGAGUUAAGGUAUUUGACAGGCGAACCCUUUGCUUUUGACAACUGAAGGAAACUAACCUUUUCGCGACUCAUGUACAUUGUACACGUUGUAAAGUGGAACUUUUACUGUUGCCAGUUAAAAUGUUUUCAUUGUAAGACUCACUGAAUAUAUCUUUCUACCCUCUCAACCUGUUUACACGACUUUAAAAUUCGCAAAUCGUCCUACUGAAUCAGUAGAACUUAACGCAUUGAUGCCAUAGCUGGCAGACCAAUCCUUGAAGGGACAGAAUGCAAACCUUCAGAAUUCAGUUUUUAAACUGAGCAGCUUAGCAAGUAUGUAUCCACUAAGUAUCAAAAACGAAAAUUUUAGCUUUCAACAGAAUUCUCGCAAGAGUCAGGAAUUUUUCAUUAAACCCCAGUGUAAAAUUUUACAGGAACUACAACAGUGCCAUUGGUUUUGUCUAAUAUCAACCUCUGAGCUAAAAAAAAGCUCUUACAGUAAAAGCCGUAUAAAGGGAACAUCAGGUAAGUUUGUUAGUAUCCGCCUUCGUAUCCAACCAACCAGGCAAAUUCUCCAAGCAGAGACAGGGUUGAUCAUACUGGUAGGAUUGCUCAGACUGUGGACUAAAAAGUACCUUCGCAAUGCUUGAAGUUUCAAAAUGAAAAGGCAACUAGAGCUAUUUCAGCAUGGAGAAUUUGACUGAACAUAGAAGUGAACUGAUGCUAACAUUCCUACACCAUGCUUUUCUAUUAUGUCCUUAACUUUAGUAUGUUGAUGACAGCAUCAAGUGCUGGCACUUGACCUAAGUUUUUUUUUAAGUCUGAGGGUUGAUUUUAGACAAAACCAGUGGGACAAUAAGAAGUCUUGUGAAAUUUUACAUGAAAUUACUCUAUGAAUAAAAAACCCGAGACUUUUGCAGGAAUUAAACUACUCUCAUUUUUCUAAUCGGUGUCCUUGUUGAAUAGCCUGUGUCACACUGUCAAAAUACUCAAUCAAGAUGUCAAGGUCAAGUGCUGUGAUUGGUCGAAGUCAUCGAAUAAGCCAAUCGCAACACCUGACCGUGAUAUUUUGAUGGCUAGCUUUGAUAGUGUGACACAGGCUGAUGCCUUGUAACUGACUUAGCAUCCAAAGUAAAUUGAGUCAUGUGCGAUGAUGUGGGCUCACGCCUGUCAUGGAGGAAGGGGUUAUUAAGACUGAUUAAUAAGUGAUUAUUGACUAGGACAUAAGUAUUUAAGUAGAAUUUAAAAUGUUAUGUUUGAUUUGUUAGUGAGGUAUUUAGAAAAUUAAGUUUAUUUUUACAGAUUGUGUAAGUUCAGUUUUAGGAGAAAGAUUUGGUAAUUUGUUGAUUUCAGUGAUUUGAGCGCUGAUUCGAAUCUUCUGAAAUUUUGUGGCAGUUAUAUAUAUUUUUUUAUUUAUUUAUUUAUUCAUUUUUUAAAGAUACACGUAAUGAAUUGCAUAGAGUAUAUUGUGAUGCUGGCGUCACAAUGCUAUGUUUUCCUUACAACUUCUUUUUUUAAUUAUUAGAAUUAGAAAUUUCAAAUUUUCACAAUAAUGUUACUUAAAACCCCAUAUUGUGGGAAUUCCAAAUUUGUUUUAGCUUUUUUAAAAUUAGAACAUCCUCUUUGUGUAUUUGGAAAAUUGUGCCAAAUAUUGACCGAAUUUUUAAAGUUCAGGGGAAGUUUAGAUAGCUGCAGAAGUAUAAUUAGAUUCAGUUGUAGUUCCUUCGACUUCGUCCAAUAACGUACUGUAAAACUGCAUAGCCACCAAUUCAUAGUAGGUGGAGAACUAACCUUUAGGCAUGUUAGACCUCCUUUGGUUUAGAAUCACUGAAUUAUACCUAGCAAAGCUGAACUAUGAUUGAUUUUUGAAAGUAAUUUAUUUUAAAUCAAAAGCGAGUUAACACUUAGAAAAUCAAAAAUAAAGUAUUCAAUUGUUGUCA